AUUGAUGCGAUACUGAUACUGGGGACGGUACUAUCAAUUGUUAUCAGCUGCGUAAUGGUUACAAUCGAAAUUCGGAACUACAAACUGUAUCAAUUAGCUAAAAGCAAGCCUGUGAGACCGAUUUUAACCAGAGAAUUCUUGGAAAGAAUACGAAUUGAGCGUUACAACGCUAAGGGACGUGGUUUGUCAUUUACUCGCAUAUAA